CAGCGGAAGGGCGCUCUUGUCCGCGGCGUCUCUCCUUGGCGGGCGGGGGCCGUGUGUCGGGCGGACCGGGAGCGGGAGCGGCCUCGGUGAAGCGGCGGCCGAGGGGACGGUGGGGAAUCCGGCGGCGGCGGAGCUCAUCGCGGAGAAGAUGACGGAACAAGAAGUUAACCCAAAGGCCUACCCCCUUGCAGAUGCUCAGCUGACAAAGACGAUACUAGAUCUCGUUCAGCAAGCGAGCAACUACAAGCAGCUUCGAAAGGGAGCCAAUGAAGCCACCAAGACACUUAACAGAGGAAUUGCUGAGUUCAUAGUGAUGGCGGCAGAUGCUGAGCCCCUGGAGAUUAUUCUUCAUUUACCUCUUCUCUGUGAAGACAAGAAUGUGCCUUACGUUUUUGUAAGGUCCAAGCAGGCUCUGGGGCGAGCGUGCGGAGUGUGCAGGCCUGUCAUUGCAUCUUCAGUCACCAUAAAGGAAGGCUCCCAGCUGAAGCCGCAGAUACAGUCUGUGCAACAGGCAGUGGAGCGUCUCCUGGUUUGAAUUGCUGAGAGAAAGGCGGAUAUUCAAGGCUGAACUGGAUGUGGUGUCUGCCUGUUGGACACUUUAAACUGCUCUAGAACGUAGUGCUAGGAUUACUUGUAUGCAUCUGUUAUGUUCCUUGGUUUUCUUAAAUAAACUGCUCACCUGAAA